UUCCGACAUUUUGAGUCGCAGUCGACCGUUGGUUUACCGUGCAGUGUGAAACUGUUGACAAACAUCGCCGUUCGGACUUGUAUUUAUCUAUUCGCGCACUCUUUCGUGAUUAUCUGUUUCUUCGAAUUUACGUUUAGCUGGUUCUCGGCGAUAAUUUUUAAUUUUCUGUGCUGUUUUUAAUUCGGUGUGAAAUAAUGUUGUGUCGGAUUCGCUCCGCGAUAUCAAGCAUUUUAGGUUAUGAAAGUUCGAAACAGUUCCCGAGUCACAUUUCGUGAAAUUUACGUGCAACAAUGACGUGUUCGUUUAAAAUAAAAUGAUGCUCAAUCACGUUAAAUUUUCCGACCCGGUUUCUGUUUAUCUACGCGACGAAUCGUUAGUUUUCAUGUGUGUCGGUAUGUUGUGUUCUUGAUCAUCCAGUGCCUGUGAUAGUGUUUUGUUUUCUUUUCCAUCAUUUUCUUUUCUUUUCCCCCCAAUAAUUUAAGGAUACCAAGUGUCAUUAUUGAAAGUAUCCUUUAACGCCCUAGGCGUCUUCCCCAUGGCUUCAUGGUUCUCCUGAAUAUUAAACCAUCGCCGUCAGCCAUGGAUAAUACUGUGGCAGCGGUGCAAGCUAAACGGCCGGAUGCUUGGCACAAACAAGAGCAGAUGAUGUUUCUUGAAAAACAAAAAUCUAAAGCUGCUGCGGGCGUUGGCGGAGCUGUGACGAGCGGGGCGCCCGGAGUGGGCGUCGUGGGAGCGGGCGACGGGGGAGGGCGGCAUGUCCCCCUGUACGGGCGCCUCGUGCCGGAGGAGCAGUUGCCGGCGUCGAUGGCCGCGGACUCCGCCUCGGACAUCCAGGCCAUGCAAGCGAGGAUACCCCGCCACUUUCGGGACCCCGCCUCGGCCCCCCUCCGAAAACUCAGCGUCGACCUCAUCAAAACCUACAAGCAUAUUAACGAGGUGUAUUAUGCAAAAAAGAAGCGAAGAGCACAACAGCCUCAAGGGGAGGAUAGUUCGCACAAAAAAGAGCGGAAACUGUAUAAUGAUGGCUUUGACGAUGACAACCAUGAUUAUAUCAUCAAAGCUGGCGAAAAGUUCCUUGACCGUUAUGAAAUUCACUCCCUUAUUGGCAAAGGCUCCUUUGGACAGGUGGUUAAAGCAUUUGACCAUGAGGAUCAGUGUUACGUUGCAAUAAAAAUCAUUAAAAAUAAGAAACCUUUUUUGAAUCAAGCUCAGAUUGAAGUCAAACUACUUGAAAUGAUGAAUCGAGCUGAUGUCGAUAAUAGAUAUUAUAUAGUUAAAUUGAAACGUCACUUUAUGUGGCGGAAUCAUUUAUGUCUAGUCUUUGAGUUGCUGUCUUAUAAUCUGUAUGAUUUACUUCGCAACACUAAUUUCCGAGGAGUAUCGCUCAAUCUUACCCGCAAAUUUGCGCAACAACUUUGUACUGCUCUGCUGUUCCUGGCAACGCCGGAAUUAAAUAUUAUUCAUUGUGAUCUAAAACCUGAAAAUAUUUUAUUAUGUAAUCCUAAAAGAUCUGCCAUCAAAAUUGUCGAUUUUGGAAGUUCGUGUCAACUUGGUCAAAGAAUUUAUCAAUAUAUUCAAUCGAGGUUCUACAGAUCGCCGGAGGUGCUCCUAGGCAUACCUUAUGAUUUAGCAAUAGAUAUGUGGAGUUUAGGCUGUAUAUUGGUUGAGAUGCACACCGGAGAAGCCUUAUUUAGUGGUGCCAAUGAAAUAGAUCAAAUGAAUAAAAUUGUAGAAGUUCUUGGAAUGCCUCCAAAACAUAUAUUAGACCAAGCGCAUAAAGCUAGGAAAUAUUUUGAUAAGUAUUUAGAUGGUUCUUACGCAUUGAAAAUGCCAAGGGAUGAAAGAAAGUAUAAGCCUCCUGGAACGAGAAGGCUUCAUGAUAUAUUAGGAGUAGAAACUGGUGGUCCUUAUGGAAGACGACUUGGCGAGCCAGGCCAUUCAUUUUCCGAUUAUCUUAAAUUUAAAGAUUUAAUCUUAAGAAUGUUGGAUUAUGAUGCCAAAACAAGGAUAACACCCUACUACGCUUUGCAGCACAAUUUCUUCAAGCGAACAGCUGAUGAAGGCACCAACACUGCUGGUACCACAAGUCCUGCCAACAUGGAUGCUUCUAAUGCCCAAUCUCAUCUAGUCACUGUACAUCAGUCAUCAGUUCGAGGGCCAAAAGUGGAUCACUCAGCAGCUCAGCUGAGCAGCCUAGUGAACGCGAUGGACUGCGAACCUCCACACAGCCACCACUACCACCCUGUGAUUCUUCGAGGACCGCAUCGAGGUUAUGCGCCCUCUUCGCUACCGCCUUUGUACGGGCCAUCACAUCAUGCCUCCAUGACGAGCUACAUUCCUCCUGCAACGGGCGUCCAGCGAUCCUCGGACGUCAUUCAACGACCCUCAGAACUGAUGCAGCGUAAUCAGGACCAGGAAGAUUUGGUGGGUGUAUGUCUUCAACAAAGCCCUGUUGCAAGCCAUUAAUAUUUAGAUUAAUGAACACAUACGUGUUUUGUAUUUUUCUAGGUAAUGUGUGAUCCUUUUUUAUAAAUAAUUUUCUAUGUUCAAACAAAUGUGAAUACUUGUGUAUGUUUAAUAUUUUUUAUUGACUUGUAUACAUAUUUAUAUAUAGCGUGCUUUGCUAGUUUUCAUAUGAAGAGAAAGUUGUGACAGUGAAUUGAUAAAAAAAAUAAUUGAUAUUCUUCCAGUUCCCUUUGUUGCUUUCUUUGAAAGGAAACUGGUCAAACUUACCGAUUACUCAGCAUGAAUAUCCUGGGCGAUUAUUUUUAAAACAUACAAUAUUGACUGAUUGCACUUAAAAAAUGCAUCUGAAGAAAGUAGUUUCUCCAUGCAGUUUUUCACAUGAUAAUCUGUGUCUGAUACCCUCUUGUUAUUAACCCAGGUGUGAAAUGAAGGAAAUACAAAUUGAAAAACAGAGGUAGGUUUAGACGCAUUUGUUUCUUUUAUAUUGACCUAUCUUGACAGAUCUUUUUUAAAGUAAGUUGUAGUUAUUCAUAUUGUGUUCACUUUCCAAAAGUAGAACACUACACCUUUUUUGAGUUUUCCCUUAAUAGUGUGACUUUGCGCUGGCAGAACGGAGGUACCUAAAGCACUUGUCUGUGAAGAGAGAAACAAUCAUGCAUUUUUAACAAAAGCCAAAGAGCUUUUGAUUUCAAUGAGGAGCAUUGAUGGAAGAGUUGUCCAAGUAGCAGUCGAUAGAAAUCUUUUGACUGGUUGAAUGACAUAACGUCCUGAUUAAUCGAACAGUUCUGUUAAGUUUUUGAUGACUUGAGUGUAAACUAAGAUGUUGCUGAUUUCCUGAGUCUCUUAAUUUGGUAUAAUCGACACCAAAGUCGAAAAUUUCAAAAGAAGGUCGCCUUUUGCAAAGAAAAGAUGAUAGUUUAAAUAUUGAAUAAUAUAUAAAAUCGCUGCUGUACAACUAUGUGAAGUAGCACAAAUUUUUCAUUCUUCAUCAUCAAAGUAUGAAAUUUAUCACUCCAAUGAGCUCUGUACUUGACUGCAAGAAACUGUAGAUCAGAGAAUAAAAUGUCACCCUAGAAGUGUUUUUUAAAUUCUAAAAUUGUUGACAUGGAAGAGCAGGACUUGGCGACGCUGCAGUAAAACUUUAAGAUAAAAAAAAGAAAACAAGAGGCAAAUUAGCUUGCAUCAUAUUUACCAAGCUGUAUGCACUUUCUGGGCCAAAAAUGUGAGCCAUGCCACUCAGAAGUUUAAACAAAGACCUUUUUAUGAUGCCCAUAUUUUUUUCCCUGUCUUGUAUCUCAACUUAAUUUUCACAAGUAUCAGUAUAAUUUGAGGAGCCUCAUCAAGAACUAAAAGUCAAUUCAUUGACUGCCAAACGGAUGGAUCAUUUCCCAAGGCAAGGGUGAACGUUCGGAAACUUCUUAACUAGUUGUUUUCACAACCUUCGAUUUUUAGCUGGUUUUUCAGGUUAUCUCUUACUGUUAGUUUUGACUUCUAAAGUAGGUCAGUAUUUUUAGUCACAGAAUCCUGUUUUGAUGGUUUGGGUUAGCAAAGAAUAAUUUGAGCUGUCCGAACGCCACGUAUCUACGUCCAAUAUCAAUGGUGACAUUACUCAUUGAAAAACUUGGCGUAUGGUAUCAUCCAUCGCGGUAGUGUGUCCCAUGGAUUCUUCCAUCGUGGUUUUAUCAAUCAGUGACACUCAUGUGCACUGCUUGGUCUUCGAAAAAUGUGAAUGGAACCCAGAUGGACAGUAUGCUUUACUGUGGUGGGUGAUGUCAUACAUUGUGUUUUUUGUUGGGUGAUAUCUCCGUGGAUAUUUGAAGUAGAAACGUUGUGUUUGGACCACUCUAAAUUUCUUGCUCAUAUGCCAGCAUAAACCCUCCUAACUCGAUUCUGUGACCAGCGUAAAUCAACCACUGUAAUGAAUGCCUGUGGGCCACGGUCACCUAUUAUAAAGUAAUGAAUAACUUAAUGAGCCAAUGCACGUACUAAAAUAACAACUUAGUCUAAGGAGAAGCUGUAAAAAAAAAAAAAAAAAAAAUCGGUACGUUUCAAAAUAUUAACUAUUUUAUGUCCAGAAAAAAAAAAAAAUAGUAAAAAUGAGUUGUCGGUUCACUGUUAUUUCGAGACCGAAAACAUUUACUGAGUGGUUAGGUAACGCUAAUCGACGACUCACUUUAGUUUUUGUUCUUCCUGGUUGAAAAUGGGGUUGUUAAUGUUUCGAAAUGUCCCGGUUUUUUUAUUCUUUUAUCUAUUGUAUUAUUUACAGCCUAUGAUAAAACCUGAAAUGAUCCACCUUGUAAUGAGACGGCAAGUUUUGGAUACCAUAUUGUGUUCAAUUAACUCGUAAUUUUUCUUGCUCUUGUAUUUGUAUCAUGUGUAUUUAUUGUGUUCGUGCUCUGGAUUUUAUAUUUGAAACCAUUUUAUAACUCCGAAAAUACAAUUCAAUGAUCAAUGUUUCCUUUAAAUACUUCAGAGUUAGAGAACACAAAGCAUGUAUGCGUGCAGCAGGGAAAUAAAAAUUUGUAUUCAAAUAAAUGAGUGUUUUGCUGCAACCUACGCGUUUCAACCACAAAAAGCUACAUGCCAUGAUAGAAUACAUUGGAUUAAGAUUGAAUUAGUAUGUAUCAAAGAAGUUUCCUCUUGUUUUCUCGUAAACCUUUGCAUUUUCCCUUUGUUGAAACUGUCGCUGAAGUGAAAAUUCAAUGUUGAAUCAGUGGCGAGGGUCAGAAUGUUUACAUUUUUUGUCUAACUAUGAAAACUAUCUAGUGAGCUGAAAGUGGAAACAUUCUUUGUUUUAAAAUCGGACAUGUAUUAAAAGAGUUAUAAUGGAAUUUGUGGAUUUAUUGAAAUACACAGGUUUAAAUAGGAAAUGCUCUGCAGUGACGUCACAAGGCGGUCCAUUUUUUUAACUAAAGAACAAUUUACCUUCUUGAUUUCAUUGUAAAAAAAAAUUGUGAAAAAUGUUCUGAACUCAGCUUCUUUACUACUUUUAUGUGAAGCAAGAUUUUUUCUUCUGCCACUGACUCAUUUAGUCGAUUCUUGGACUCCGCCCAUAGAAACUGAAUCUACCAACUACAUCAUAUUCUUUCAGAAUCUCCUCUCUCGUUAUUUGUUAACAAACCACGGAACAUAAUUUGUCAAUUUGUUUUAUAGAAUUAUGUUCACCGAGGGAAGAAGUGCAUGAUUGAUUUCAUUGAACAUGAAUUUAAGGAGCAAGCCAAAAAUCAAAUGAACCAAA